UUAUUUUUUUUAUUACCAACAUGGCGGCCAUCAGGAGCGGGGUGACUCCGAGUUGCCUCGCAAGAUGUUUCCUGAGACAGAGUGGAGCACCGAGCCGAGGCAGCCGUCCACUUUCAGACAUUUGGAGCCACCGGUUGCUCCUGAAGUCCCAUCUGCACACGGUGUUGGAGUGUCGCAGUCCUGCCUUCAGGAGACAGCACGGGAAGGUCCUCUGGGUGAACGCCGUGGUAGUCAGACACAACAGCUCGCAGAUCCCACCCGAUGAUGGAAUCCUGGCCGCUCAAGUUGUGGAAGCUUCUAGCCUUCCAGUCUCUCUGCCCGCUGACACUACCCCCAUUAUUGCGCAACCAAUCACUGAACAGAUCCCAGUUGAAACAGCUUCCAUGGGAGUACCAGUUGUGGACAUCUCUCCUCCUCCUCCUCCACCGGUCUUGGAUUCCUUCCCCGAGCUUGCAUCCGCUGACCCCACCCCUAUUUUAGGGCAGCCAGUCGUUGAGCAGGUCGCAGACGCUGCACCGACUGCAUUGGAGGUCUUGCAGGCUGCGACUACAGAAAGCAGUUUAGCAGAGCUUGGAUUGGGGGCCUACACACCAGUGGGGCUGAUCCAGAACUUGUUAGAGUUCGCGCACGUGAAUCUCGGUUUGCCCUGGUGGGGGGCCAUUGUUGCAGGAACGGUGUUUGCCCGUCUGGUUGUGUUUCCGGUGAUUGUGAAGGGCCAGAGGGAGGCGGCCAAGCUGAACAACGUGUUGCCUGAGAUGACCAAACUCACUAACAGGAUGAAUGAGGCCAAACAGAGUGGAAACAAAUUUGAAUUUGCCAAAGCCUACUCUGAACUGAACUUGUUCCAGAAGAAGUAUGAUGUGAAUCCUCUCCGUGGCUUCCUAGUCCCUUUGGUGCAGGCACCGAUCUUCAUGUCUUUCUUCAUCGCACUGAGGAAGAUGGCCUAUCUGCCGGUGCCCAGUUUGAUGACCGGAGGCGUGCUCUGGUUUCCAGACCUGACAAUAGCAGAUCCUUUUUACAUCCUGCCUUUAUUUGUCACUGGAACCAUGUUCUUCAUCGUGGAGUUGGGUGCAGAGUCUGGUGUCGACAACCCAAACCUGCGAACCAUGAAGACUGUGUUCAGGAUCAUGCCCUUCGUCAUCCUCCCCUUCACCAUCAACUUCCCCACGGCUGUGUUUACCUACUGGCUGACCUCAAACUGCUUCUCCUUGUGUCAAGUCGCCGUGCUCAAACACCCUGCGAUCAGAAGUAGGUUGAAGAUCCCGGAGAAGAUCCAACACCCGACCUCCGCCCUGCCCCAAAAUGAGGGCUUCAUCGAAAGCAUGAAGAAGGGCUGGAAAAACGCUCAGUCGGCCCAGAAGCUGGAAGAGAGGGAAAGGAGAAUCAAAAACCAUCUGGACCUCGCGGCUAAAGGUCCACUGAGGCAGACAUUUACCCACAAUCCCCUCCAGCAGACCCCACCCAUAGCUUUAGCGAAAGACAAAGAUGCUGGUAGCAAGGCGAGGCCAUGGAAGGACACACUUGGAUAGAUCAGACUGGUUCAUAGCUUGACAAUAUGAUGAUUAAUGUACAUAUUUAUGGGUGGGACAGGGUUGUCAUUGUGUGUUGUUCUAAUUAAAAUGUAAAAUCUGCCACAAAGCAACAA